AUCACGUUUCGGCCUGGUAGACUGACCUGAAUUGACUCUCGUCUUACAUCAGGAUUGUUCUCAUACCUCCUAAUACAGCUCACCCGAGCCUGCAAUUUUCACCUCCACCCCUCCACCUAGCAGUUUGAAGAUUCUAUUAGGGACAAUGAUUUCACUUACUAUAUGCAGUAAUACCCUUGUCCACGAACGCGCAAAUCCGGCUACUCGAAAGCCAGAAUGAUCGGGCUUUUCGCGUCUCAGCGGAAUUGUUGGGUUGAAACAGGGAUUUCACAUCACGUACAAAUCAGGAUUCAGGUGCCCUGCGGCUUGAGACUCAGCCACCUUCCUAGGUGCUAUCUCCCAUUUCUGGAGGAGCUGAGGCUAAUUCCUUUUUCUCUAACCCCGCAUCGCUAGCAGCUCUCAUCUUUUAUCGACAGAUAUUUCUGAUGCGACUUCAUUAGAAACGAAGACUAUUGAGUCUUGAUUCAAGAGCUUUGCUGGCGAUCCCACCUAUUUUCCUGUACGCCAUGCCACCGUGGAAGGUGAAAGUUAAACUCCCAAGGCUCUUCUCUCCACGAAAUAAAUCCCCCCAAAAGUCAGGUCAGAGCGAUGAUUCGACGAAGCCAAAACUCCAUUCUACCGCAUCACAACAAUCGCUCAGCAAUUCUUCGCAAUGUGCUCAACGUGCUAAUGACCUUUGGGAAAUAGCGCAUCAGACGCUGGAGAAUGACGAGGAGAUUAGUAAGAUUCUAGUGGCAGCUACUGAAAUCCUUGAAGUCGAUUUCCAGUUCAGUAUCCAAUCAGCCGGGUCAGCCGCCAGAGAUCAGCUAUGCAGCUUCCUGGACCGUCAGGCUCGUGAUUUGGAGGAGAAAAGAUGGGUCGUUAAACUCGGGGAUCACAGUGUUGGAGUCAAGGAAAAGCUUAUCACGAUUUGCCGAAAUAUUCUCUGUGUCAAGGAUGUAGUCAACACAAUCGCCAUUGCAAGCCCACCGGCUGCGAUAGUCUGUGCUGGAAUCACGGUCAGCCUUCUACUUGUUUCACAAGCCGCCGAUCAACAUGAAAGCCUCGUUCAGGGUCUUGAACUCACGUCUGCCUUGAUCCCACGCCUUCGUCUUGUGGAAGACCUCCACUUACAGCCCAAUGUAGGACUCGCCUCUCAGUUCGUGGACAAAUCGAAGGAACAGCUGGUCCUACUCUACUGUAAGAUAAUCGAGUUCCAGGCUCGGGCACUAUGCCAUCUACGCAAACACUCAGUCUCUCGACUCUUCAGAAAUAUGUUCAAGCAGGACGCGUGGAAUGAUCUAAUCAAGGAGAUUCAACAACUCGACGAUUCCACAGAGAAGUUCACUCUGCGAAUUGAAAACGCGGGUGUGAGGAGGAAGCUUGAGGAGAUUCAUAGCACCUUAUCAAACGAUCAGCUCUGGCGAAACACUUCAGCUCGAGACGAGAAGAUGAAGCAAUUCUAUAAGCUGCUCUACACCUGCCCGUAUAAGGAUCGCAAAGACAGAAAUAGUCCUCGUGUGCCCGGCACCUGUGAAUGGUUUACGAGUCAUACAUUAUUCCAAGCCUGGGAGCAGAGCGAUCACUCCGCGCUCUUGUGGGUAUCAGCCGAUCCGGGUUGCGGAAAGUCAGUCUUAACAAGGUACUUGAUUGAUGAAUUCUUGGCCCUCAAGCCCAAGAGGACAGUGUGUUAUUUCUUUUUCAAGGACGAUUUCUCUGAUCAAAAGAGCGGCGCCAAUGCUCUGUCGGCAGUUUUACGUCAAUUUUUCAUGGCACGGCCACAUCUCUUAUCGGAUACAGUAUUGGGUAAGCUGGAUAGUGAUGGGAAGAAUCUUGUUGAAUCACUCAGCGAUCUGUGGAAUAUCUUACUUGAUGUCACUACCAAUCCAGAAGCGGGUGAGGUUAUCUGCGUUCUCGAUGCACUUGACGAGUGUCAGGACGCCGACCGCAAGCAGCUUAUCCAAGCCUUGGGGCGCUUUUACUUAGAACGCCCCGAUAAGCACAACUUGAAAGUCUUGGUAACAAGCCGACCAUACGAGCACAUACGGCGUGGGUUUCAAAAACUGGAAAAUCAACUCCCGACGAUUCACCUAAGUGGAGAAGAGGAGGUUGAGAUCCAGAAGAUCUCGCAUGAAAUUGACCUCGUCAUCGAGAAGCGUGUUGAGGACAUUGGCAAAGAGAACAACCUGCGGCCGGAUGAGUGUGUCUUUCUGAAAGAUCAACUCACAUCUGUUCCAAAUCGUACGUACCUUUGGGUCAGCCUCACCCUGGAGGUCAUCGAGAACAUGCCAGGGUUUACAAAAGGGAAUAUUCGAUACGCCAUCCGAAAUCUACCUCAGAAUGUUGAUGAGGCUUACGAGAAAAUACUCAACCGAAGCCCUGACAAGGCCCAUGCCAAGAGACUGCUACACAUUGUCACUGCUGCAGAGCGGCCCCUAUCCUUGAGAGAGCUCUCUGUAGCAAUGACUGUUGACGCCGGGCUCCAGUCCCUGAUAGAGCUCAAGGAAGAGCUCGAGGCCGAUGAGGAGCUCCAUGACAGGAGAUUUCGAAGAACUAUGAGAGAACUCUGUGGUCUUUUCCUCGUUACUGUAGAUGAAAGGAUCUAUCUCCUUCAUCAGACGGUCAAGGAAUUCCUAGUGAAAGAUGGCCCCUCAAACUUGGCACCAUCCGAUGACUCUGUCCAAUCUGUUACUGCAUGGAAACAUUGUCUUCAGCCGGAGGAGUCCCACAGAGUUCUUGUGGAGGCUUGCAUGUUGUACCUAACCUACGACGGUAUGACGGAUAGUCUGCCUUGUUUUUUGAACUACGCAGCAUGCCAUUGGCCAUCCCACUUCCGGAAAGCCUUCAAGCACGAGGCAUGCGAGGCACAUAAGGUACACGAGGCAGCAAAACUUGGAUACUCCCUUUGCCAGCCAGAGUCAAAGAUCUACCAGAUCUGGUCUCCAAUAUUCAGGCCCUCAAUUCCGACUCACUGCAAUACCGUGACCAUAGCCACUUAUUUGGGGCUUGCAGCGGUGGUGAAGCUUCACCUCCAAAGCACCUUGGCAGAUGUCGAUUCCAAAGAUCCUGAAUAUGGUCGAACGCCUCUAUGCUGGGCUGCGCAUGGUGGGCACGCAGAGGUUGUGCAACUGCUCUUGGAGACUGGAAAGGUGGACGUGAACACUAAGGAUCUCAAAAAUGAGGAAACACCUCUAUCCUGUGCCUCAUGGCUUGGACACGAAGUAGUUGUGAAACUGCUUCUGGCAACUCAGAAAGUGGAUGUGGAGUCUAGGGAUAGUUACGGGCAAACACCCCUAACAUAUGCCUCAAGGUAUGGAUACGAGGCAAUCGCCAGGCUGCUUUUGGAGACUCAGAACGCGGGGGUGAACUCCAAGGAUACCAAGCAUGGUCAAACACCUCUGAUAUGGGCUGCCGAAUAUGGGCGUGAGGCAGUUGUGAAGCUGCUCCUGGAUCGAGAGGCCGAUGUAAAUCUCAAAGACUCUGCGUUUGGGCAAGCACCUUUAUUAUGGGCCGCAGAGAAAGGCCGCAAGGAGGUCGUGGAACUUCUCUUGGAAACUCAGGGGGUCAACAUAGACUCACGGAACGAUUGCGGGGAAACAGCUUUGCACUUGGCUGCAGAAAAGGGACACGAAGCAGUGGUGGAGUUGCUUCUGAACUCUGAAAAGCUGGAUGUACAGGCAUAUAACCGCUUUGGGAAGACAGCACUACACAUGGCUGCAAGAAAGGGGUGUGAGGCAGUUGUGAAGGUCUUCCUAAGCUCCAAAAAAGUGGACUUGAACGCACGAACCGAGUUUGGGGAAACGGCUCGAGAUCUGGCCAUGGAGGGCGGACAUAAGGCGGUUGUGGAGUUGCUAGGGUAG